UGAUGCUUAUGCAAAUGAGAAAAUAAAGUCGGGCACGAAGCAGGACCAGGGGCCACACUGAGACAAAGGACAGGAAAUGGAAUGGGAUGGGGAUAGUCACCCUGGCACUGGCAUGGCAGACCUAUUGUAAUGAGAAAGGAAGUCUUUAAGAGGCCACCAGUAAAGAGAACAAGUGGGUGUGUGUGUGUGUGUGUCUUUCUCUUGCUAUCUGUGUGUGUGUGUGUGAUGUUUGCAUGUGUAUAUCUCAGCAUAUGUGGGCUACAAGCACAGACGAAUAGGCAAAGUGUGAAUGGGAGGUCUCAGGCAUUUACUGGUUUGCAUAUAGCAGUUUCAGCUGGAAAAACAAAAGAAUCAGAAGAAUUUAUUCACUUCUCCUAAAGCAGCCGGCAAAGCUGGGCCGUGAGGAUGAAUGUGAGUCAGCAGAACACCUCCAUGCCAUGCAAGCUGGACACCAGGAUCACCUCGGUCCUCUUCCCCUGCUUGUACUCAGUUCUCUUCCUGGCUGCCAUCAUCCUCAACUGCUUGGCUGCCUGGAUCUUCUUCCAGAUCCACAGCAGCUCCACUUUUGUGGUCUACUUAAAGAACGUGGUGGUGGCCGACCUGCUCAUGACGCUGACUAUUCCUCUGAAGGUACUAACGGACGCGGGCAUCGGCUCAGCCACACUGAGAGCCAUCUACUGCCGCUACACGGGUGUGCUCUUCUACACCACCAUGUACAUCAGCAUCCUGCUGCUGGGUCUCAUCAGCCUGGACCGCUACCUGAAAAUUGUGAAGCCUUUCGGAAAGUGCGCCCUGCAGCGGGUCGGUGUGGGUAAGGCGGUGUGUGCAGGGAUCUGGGUCGUCAUGGUGGUUUUCGCACUGCCUAAUGUGAUCCUGAGUAACCAGGUGCCUCCUGUGGGUCGUAGUGGGAAGCUGAAAUGCAGCAGUAUGAAGAGUGCGUUGGGCCUACGCUGGCACGAGGGCUUUAACUACUUUUGCCAGGUGGUGUUCUGGGGAACGCUGGGUUUAAUGGCCAUUUGCUACACCUUCAUCAGCAGGAAAGUAUACGAGUCGUACCGUGCAUCACGGAGUAGCUCCGGCAUCGCCAGCAAACGCACCAAGUCCAAGGUGUUUGUCGUGGUGGGCGUGUUCUUCGUAUGCUUCGCUCCCUUCCACUUGGCCCGAGUUCCCUACACCCUGACUCAAACACGAGGCACAUCGAGUCAUUGCUGGUCUCAGAAGCAGCUCUACUUGGCAAAGGAGAUCACACUCUGGCUGUCAGCCACCAACAUUUGCCUGGACCCUCUCAUCUACGUCUUCCUGUGCCGGGUCUUCCGCAGGAAAUUAACCGCCACUCUCUGCCGCAAGCCUUUACCCAGUGGAGUGCUCGAGUCCCCUACAGAGACCUCGACCAAGCAGGAAAUGUCUCACAUGGGUCAUUAUAACAAGGCCAACGACUUCUGCUCGCCUUAACAUGGAGGUCUGGUCACAAGACGACGGUUCGGAUUAAAAUGAUGGAUUGAAUCACGUGAUGCCUGGAGAGUAAUUCAGAGUAAUUUCCUUUUUACUGUAUAUAACUGAAGCGUGAUGAAAUGGUUUGUUUGCCACCAAGCGCUGGAUUUAUUGAAUCAUUUAUCCACCACUUGUACUCAGUUUUGAUGUAGGACUCAAGAAUACACUUUCAAAUGGUGUUUUAAUGGUUUUACGGUACUUCAUCUGAAUAUCUGUGGUGGCCUGGGAAAACCCAUCGGCUGUCCCAUCUGCUUUUCUCUGAUAUAUAAAAGUAUCAAUAUACAGUAGAUUACAUUAUAAUCCUAAAUCCUAAUUUUAGGACCGCUAUAUCUUUAUUUGCUAUAUACACAAAGGAGAACAGGAAUGUUAUUCACUAAAAGUCUUUCAUUUUCGGAAACAUCUAAAGGGUUUUCCUAAGCCUCCACACACAAGUUCAUGUUUAUUUUGUUGUACAUAUAUUUUACUCUGGCAGGAAGCUCAACCCUAGAAGGAUGGAAAAAUGUAGACAAUAUAAGUUGUAUAAGCUAUUCAUUUAUUAUUCGUCACUGAUCUCACAUACUGGCUAAUGACUAAAUUUGAUUAAUUUGGUGGAAAGUUUCUUUGCUUGAAAAUGUGGAAUUUUAUAGUUAAUAGACUGACGCCCUAGUAAAUAACCUCUCACUGGCACCAUGCAAAAGAAAAGGAAUUUUAAGACUCUACAUUCACAAUGGUAUCAAAGGAUCCUGUAAAGGAAAAAUCAAAGGAAUCGCACACUUAGGCAAUAAUAUAAUCCAUUUUCACCGUGUGGACUAUUGAUUCACUCAACGUUCACUUAGCUUUGAUUACAUAGCAAGAAAAGGAGCGGAGCUGCCAGACAGUGACCCUGAAUGAAACCCCAGUGUCAUAUCUCAAGAUGGCUGAUGACACUCUAGUAAACAAGACAUCUUAAAACUGUCUUUUAGACUAGUUCAUGAUGUGUGAUUAAUUUUCGCAAAAUCGCCGUGAAAUUUCCUGUUCCAAAAACAAAAUUUCAUUUCAGACGAUUUGAGACACUUCUACUGUAGUGUACCUGCAUAGUGUGGAGAACAUCAUUUGAGAUGCAGCUUCAGCUUCCCAAAACAAAACGUGCUAAACAUUUAUGGUAGAUAAUAGACUAGGCAUCAGGUAACUAUAGAUCAGUUUUUGGCAAAUAAGCAGAAAAAAAAAAGAAAGUGAAGCUAAAUCUGCUGUGAAAAGUUUAAAAAUCCACCUAAGCAGCAAUUCCUUGGAAGAAUUUUUGAACAUCAUCAGUUUUUGAGCAGUUAAACCCACGCUGGGAUUUUUUUAUAAUGUGAACUCAGCGAUUUUUUACUGCAAGUCCAGUUCUUCAUGGCAUUGAUCUCACUUGCUGCUUUAAAGACUUUAACAGAUGAAUUAAAUGCAGUGAGUAAAAUGUGAACAGUCAUGUAGCCAUUUCUGGACCAAACUUAUAAUAAUUGUAAUAAUAAAAAAGACAGAUUUAUUUUAGAUUUUUUUUAAACAUGUUUGGUUCUUCUGUAUAUACUUUUUGUUUUUUGUUUUUUACUUUUUAAUGUUUUGCCUUCACCUGAUUUCUCUUGAAUUUCUUUUGAAAUUAGAAUAGCACUUUAUUUUAUAGUAACUCCUAGUAAUACACUCUGUUGCCAAAAGUUUUGGGACACCUGCAUUUACUUGCACAUGAAUGUAAUAUGGAGUUGCCCCACCCUUUACAGCUAUAACAGCUUCAACUCUUCUGCGAAGCACUUCCACAAGGUUUAGGAGUGUGUUUAUGGGAAUUUUUGACCCCAUUCCUCUCUAGAAGUGCAUUGAUGAGGUCAGGCACUGAUGCUGGAGGUGAAGGCCUGGUCCGCAGUCUCAAGUUCAGGCCAGUCAAGUUCCUCCACAUCAAACUCGCUCAUCCAUGUCUUUAUGGACCUUGCUUUGUGCACUGGUGUGCAGUCAUUUUGGAACAGGAAGGGGUCAUCCCCAAACUGUUCCCACAAAAUUAGCAGCAUGGAAAUGUCCAAAAUGUCUUGGUAUGAAGCUGAAGCAUUAAGAGUUCCUUUCACUGGAACUAAGGGGCCGAGCCCAACCCCUGAAAAACAACACCUGAAUUCAAUGAUUUGGAGGGGUGUCCCAAAACGUUUGGCGAUAUAGUGUACGUGAUGAUUUGAAGUCUUGUAUAUACCUUACAUGUUGAAUAAAGUGGGUAAAUAAGUUUGUUUAUGGCUGUAUUUGCAAAAAAACAACAACUACUUUUUAACCAGACUAUGAUACUUCACUCUACUUGAGUAUUCAUGAAAUUGAACACUUCUAAAUUUCAAAGAACAAAUCUACUGAAAUUAAUUUCUUCUCUCGUC